AGUUUCGACUCUCUCUCUCUCUCUCUCUCUCUCUCUCUCAUUUUGAUUCUAUCUGACUUUGACGUGUUGCCGUCCUUUCGGCAGAGUCCACUUCCAUGUACCCACCACGUCUGGAUUGUUAUGAAAUCUAGGGUUAUUUUUUUUUUUGGAACGCCAGGUCGAAUCCUAGCUUAACGAGCUAGGUAUCCUUCCCAUUCGGCUAUGGAACGAACGCAUGCAGAGCAGCAACAAGUUUCGAGUCACUACAAGCCUUGUCUUCAGGAUGGAAGAGUUGAGCAGGGCGGUUUUGACGACUCAGUGCCGACCGUGGACCUCAUGAGCGUCGAUCAACGCGAGGCUAUGAGGGAUAUGGAUGAUUCGCAGCUCAUCGGAGCUCCGGAGGCUAGUGUCACGGCCAAAGAGGACGUGUCCGUGCCGGAGGUGGAGAUGCUGAUGAUGAUGAAAAAAAAGAUGGAGGUGAAGCCGGUGGAGACGAUGGUGGCGAAGAGAAAGCGGGGUCGGCUGCCCGGGCGUCUGGCUAAGACGAGCAAAACCACGCCGCUGGUUAGGAAGAAGAAGGACGAAGAGGAUGUGUGUUUCAUAUGCUUUGAUGGCGGGAGCCUUGUGCUAUGUGAUCGCCGGGGCUGCCCUAAAGCAUAUCAUCCUGCCUGCAUUAAGCGAGACGAGUCGUUCUUUAAAUCAAGGGCUAAGUGGAAUUGUGGUUGGCAUAUAUGCAGCAGUUGUCAGAAGGCUGCAUAUUAUAUGUGCUGUACUUGUACAUAUUCCCUGUGCAAGGGUUGUAUCAAAGAUGCUGAUUAUCUGAGCGUAAGAGGAAAUAAUGGAUUUUGUGGGAUGUGCAUGAGAACUGUGAUGCUGAUUGAAAAUUUCCAAGAAAAUACAGAAGUGGCUAAAGUGGAUUUUGAUGACAAAAGUAGUUGGGAAUAUCUCUUCAAGAUGUAUUGGAUAUUUUUGAAGGGAAAACUAUCAUUAACUUUAGAUGAGCUCAUUCGAGCUAAAAAUCCUUGGAAAGGAGCUUAUUCUAUAGCUUAUAAGGUGGGGUCUUCAGGUGAACUUUAUGAUGGUAUUGAUGACAAAGUUUCUAGUGGUGACAAUUCUUGUGCAGGCCUGCAAACAAAUAAUCCCAAAAAAAGAAAAGCUAACGAGCAGACUAUUUUUAAUAAGGACUCUUUAACUAUGGAGAAAACAGGUAGUGACAAAUAUCUGCAUCAGCCGGGAGGCACAAUAUGGGCAUCAAAGGAGCUCUUGGAAUUUGUUGCACAUAUGAAAAACGGUGACACAUCUGUGCUAUCUCAGUUUGAUGUCCAGGCUCUUUUGCUAGAGUAUGUAAGGAAACACAAUCUCCGAGAUCCUCACUGGAAAUGCCAAAUUGUUUGUGAUUUGAGGCUCCUAAGUCUGUUUGGGAAAGUGCGCAUUGGUCACUUUGAAAUGCUAAAGCUUCUUGAAUCUCACUUUCUAAUAAAAGAAAGCUCAUCGGCAGAUGAUAUAUUAAGGGUGGGAGUUGUCAAUGAUAUUGCUAGCCAGUUGGAGGCUGAUGGGAACUAUGAUAACAAACUUCCAAUAGGUAGCGACAAGGGGCAUAAAACACAUAAAAAAGCUGAUGAUAGGGGAUCACAGACUAAUUCAGAUGCAUUUGCAGCAAUUGAUGUUCACAAUAUUAACUUGAUUUACUUGCGGCGUAAUUUAUUGGAGAGUCUUAUGGAUGAUGCUGACAAAUUUCAUGACAAAGUUGUUGGGUCCAUUGUGCGAAUAAGAAUUCCCAAUAAUGAUAAAAAACAAGAUACAUAUAGGCUUGUACAAGUUGCAGGUACAAGCAAGGUGGCUGAACCAUAUAAACUUGGAGAAAGAAAUACUGAUGUGAUGCUCGAAAUCUUAAAUUUAGAAACGAAAGAAGUAUCAAUUGAUGGAAUUUCAAAUCAGGACUUCUGCGAGGAUGAAUGCAAGUGUUUACGCCAGAGUAUAAAAUGUGGGCUCAUCAAACGAUUGACUGUGGGUGAGAUUCAGGAAAAAGCAAUGACACUUCAAGCAGUGAGAGUAAAUGAUAUGCUGGAAGCUGAGAUAAUACGACUUAAUCAUCUACGUGAUCGGGCAAGUGAAAAGGGACAUGAGAAAGAGUUUAGAGAAUGUGUGGAGAAAUUACAGCUUCUGAACUCACCUGAGGAACGACAGCGCAGACUGCUUGAGAUUUGCGAAGUACACAUUGAUCCUAAAAUGGAUCCAAGUUAUGAUUCUGAGGACGAUGUGGGAGAAUUAGAUGAGAAGAAACAAGAUGAUAAUGUGAGGACAAAACUUUCUGGAUAUGCAAGAAAGGAGAGUGACCCUUUCUCUGCUCGAAGAGCAGGUGAUGUCUCAAAUGAUUCUGGAACCGGGGCACAGAAAAACUUAGCCAAGUCUUGCAAGCAAACUAGAAAAGCUGGUAUCACAAGCAGUCCUGAUAAAGGUGGAGCUACUUGGUUUCAUGAGAUAAUGAAUGAAUCUUCUUGGAAGAAAAAAGAAGCAUCCGACUUAAAUAAUUGGGAUACACCAGCAAACCAGAUCAAUACUUCUGGUUCAUUGACCAUUGUUUGUAACAGUCAAGCAGUGGUGAAGUCUAAAUUGUUUUCUGGGGUUGCAGCAGAAAUUUCACCGCUGGCUCUUUCUACACAGGCAGACGAAUCUGCUAACAAUUUUGAGACUGACAAAAUUUGGCACUACCGAGACCCAAAUGGAAUAAUUCGAGGACAAUUUUCUAUGUCACAACUACGUAAAUGGAAUACCAGUGGACACUUCCCUCCUGAUCUUAGAAUAUGGAGGAUAAAUGAAAAGCAAGAUAAAUCUGUACUUUUGAAUGAUGCGUUAAGUGGGAAAUACCAUGAAGCAAAGAUGGUGCCAGAUAACGGUAAUUUACUGUCUCAAGAUAAAUCUGUACUUUUGAAUGAUGCGUUAAGUGGGAAAUACCAUGAAGCAAAGAUGGUGCCAGAUAACGGUAAUUUACUGUCUCAAGAUCUUGGAGUUACCACAGAUGAUAGAGAUAAUAAUGGCGAUGGUGGGUUAAGCACAAGUACAAAUGCCUCUCAGAUAGACAAUAAAAAAGAGGAAAGCUGGAAGCCAGUGCAGAAUGACUCAAGUGGUAAUGAUGGAUUGUUCAGGAGCGAUGAAAGGGUCUCUAGUUCAUCUAGUUGGACUACACCUGCUGAUGUCACCAACACUAACGAGAGAAAGAAUGGUAGUUUUGAACCAGGCUGGGACUCAUCAAAGGGUAAUAGUUCUUGGCCUGACCAGCCCCAAGCGGAUAGUAGUUCACUAGUCCCACCUGCAUUUUCUGGGAAGUCGUUUGGAUCUGUAUCUUAUCCAGUGAGGGAAGUUUAUGGGGGUGAAUGUACUUCUGGUCGGGAGAAUGGAAAUUGCAAUUCACAGAGCACUGCUGACGGUCAGUUUAAAAGUGAACAGGGUUUUGAGCACCGAUUUGACAGUGAGGGCCAUUCAAGCCAAUCUUCUGGGCAGAGCUGGAGACCUCCACCUGUAAAUGUAUCAUCAAAUGACUGGGUUUCCAGCUUUGGUUUCAUUCCUCAAGUUAAGUCACUUAAAACAACGGAGCAAACUCAGGAAAUUGAUUUUCAAGGUCAGUCAAGUCCCACUCCAAAGCAAAGCAACGAAGACUUGGAAGUUCAGGCUCCCGAAAACAGACGAGCUGCUUCAAGUGUUCCCGUUCAGCAUGCAGGCCCUAACAGGAGUACUGCCUCUAGUUUAGUGGGUGGCGGCAGAAAAGUUUCUGAAGUAGCUGAUGAAUUGGGUGGUUACUCCUCAACUCCUUCCAAACCUUCCAUUGGGGAUUGGGGCUCCAGUAUUGUUUCUGUAUCAUCUCUGAAACCAACUGAAAUUGUUCAUGCUGCAACCCCGACUUCAAUCAAUGACCAACUGACACAUUCUUCCCCAUCCCAUCCAACAUCUAAUGCAUCUAGUUGGCAGGCAAUUGUUACCGAAUCCACAGAGUUUUGCUCUUUAGUUGAUGAAUCUGUUUCAGAUCUGUUGGCUGAAGUUGAAGCAAUGGAGUCUCUUGAUGGCUUGCCUUCCCCUACUUCAAUUAUGAAAUGUAGAGACGCAUUGACACAGGAUUCAAAACAUGAAUGUAUCAGUCCUCUAGAUGAGUUUAGCCCAGGACUCGAUCCCGGAAAAAGUGAUGCUUUAAGCUCCACUGGUGAUUUACAAGCACCUUCUCAGUCCACGGUGACUGACGAACGAGAUGAAAUAUGUUGCACUGAUGUUAUUGAUUCGGAAAAGAUAUCAAGCAUGCAUUCCUCCUCUAGUGUUGAAGUUGAAGGAGAUGCAAAGCCUGCCGAUAUUUCAGUGAACCAAUGGGAAGCUCGUUCUGAAAUCCAACCACCGCCAUCUGCAGCAAGUUGGGAUAUAUCUACUACGGAGAUGAGUUGGAGAGUCGGAUCGGAAAGUAGAACCACCAGUUGGAGAGGGGUGCAGGGAAGUGCAAACCUGGGUUGGGGAGCAUUAGAUCAAAGAAAUACAAAUAUGGGUUGGGGAUCUGUUCAAAUUGCAACACAGGACUGUAUAAGCAUGAAUUUUGGUGCUUCUGCCGGGAAUCCUGGUUUCCCCAAAUCGAGAAUCGGCGGUGACAGAUUCUCUGGACCUGGAGAUUGGGGUUUUCAGAGCAGGGAUGUAGGAUAUGGUAGAGGUAGGGGAUUGUGGAACAGCCAGUCCUUUUUUGUUGGUGGAAAUGAAAGUUCUUUCAGGCCUCCCAAAAGUCACAGAAUUUGUAAAUUUUACGGAAGUGGGUAUUGUAAGAAGGGAGCGUCUUGUGAUUAUUUGCACCCAUGAAUUUGUGGGUUCUUUGCGAUUAGGUACCAUACCAUUUAAUUCUGUAAUCAUUUAUUCACAUUAGGGAGUCUGUUCCUGCCAAUGUUGUGAUUUUAACCUGUAAAAGAAUCUGCCAAGGACUCUCAAGUUGCAUAACAAAUUAUUUUUUCUCUUUUGUUUUGUUU